AUGCUCACAACCCCUCUCUCAAAGCAUCCACAGUACACGGCCUUCGAGCUCACUACCACAGCUGCAACGGAUGACAGCAGUGGUGUGAUCACCGAGCACCGUGUGACACCGCGGACUCGGAACAAUCUCGGCCCGUGCGCAUUCCUGCUUGUCACAACCAUUGUUCUCAUCUGGUGGCGUUUCCCCAACCCGUGGCAACCAAAACCGCUCCUUGCCACCGUGGCACUCGUACUCGUAUUCACAUUCACACUCUCAUCGUGCUGGCGUGUGCUCUACCAAUCUGUCACGCCACUGCCUGGCCUGGGAGUACAGCUCGCAACCGUUCGCGGGUUCGGCUUGGGCCCUAAAUCCAUCGCCCGGAGGUUUGUGCCGCUAGAUGACAUCUCCACCGUUAUCAUUCACGAAGGGUUGCGCCGGUGGAAUGUGCGGUACUACCUUGGCGUAGUGAGGAAGCGAGGAAAGGUUGUCGUCGCAUUUGAUGCGGUGCAUGCCCACCCCGAGGUGCUGCGCGAAGUUUACCAUGGGGUACGAGAGGCGCUAUACGACGAGUAUGCCGACGAGACGAGUGACAAGCGACUAGAACAUUGUACCUAUAACUCAUCGCUUCAUGCAUUGCAUUGA